CCCCUUCCCUCCCCCCACCCUAAGCCACCCCACCUCUGUCCUGGCCGCCUCAGGGCGCCCUGAGAGGACCAGGACAUGCGGGUGCAGUGGCUGCACUUUUGGCUCCUCCUGCUGGGAUUUAUCAGCCAUCAGUCCACCUAUGUUAUCAAUUCUCUGCGUGACCAUUUCCAUCCUGGGACUGACUUUUGUGGAAUUCUUUGGAUAGUUAUCAUUAUCGUGUUCCUGGGAAUUUCUACACUUGCCAUUUUCCUCUGGAAAACUAGGCUUUGUGUGUCUUUCCUCAAGACUGUCUUAAAGUCACGAAAUGUACACAACAGAUCCACGGAUGUACAGCGGAGAGCCUGGAGGUCCAAUAGCCAUAGUCAGGAAGGAAUUAAAAUUAGCAAGGAAGACCUCUAUCCUUCAUGGAGAUAUAUGGAAGCCAAAGUUCCAGCUGAAGUCCAUAAGGUGAUGACGAAGGUCAACAGUCAUUACAAAAUCAAUGGACAGAGGAAGACUACCAAGGAAGAGAAGCUAAGAAUGAAAGAAUGUGAGCAAGCAGAAAAGGAGAGGCAGCUAUCAGAGGCAGAGGAAAAUGGGAAAUCGGUUAUGAAAGAAAUAGACACCGACAUGAAAUUGUUUCACGCUGCGGAAAGGUUGUGGCGGCAGGCAGAGGACUACUACAGACGCAAAAUCACCCCUUCUGCAAGAAAGCCUCAUGCCAACUGGCUCUGUGCUCAAGCCUUGCAGAGGAAGAUGGCAGACAGGAAGGCUGCCUCCAAGCAGCAAAGGUGUGAAAUGAGGGAAAAGCAGAGAGUGCCAGAGACACAGGAGUCGGGAGCCAGUCCAGGGACGACCGGGCCUAGAGAACCCUUUCUGGAGGGCAGAUUCAGGACCUCAUUCGGUUCCCAUGAGGAACAGCAGCUGCGUCCCAGCUGAAAACAGAGAGAAGACAAAGGUAAACGCUGGGGACAUUUUCACUCUUCCUAUAUCAGGACACUUUGGUCUUUUCCGACAACGCCCUCUCCUGGCCUGGCCUCUGCUCUGUGGGUUCUGUGGUGCCUUUUCUGUCUCGACUUCUUGAGAAGCAAAAUCUUCCCCAUGAGACUUCAGGCUUCUCCAUUCCCAGCUGAUCAUCGUUGGUGGCACCUCCAGAAUCCAUAAAAGCUCAGGGGCCGAGGCUGGAGGGCUUUUACUGUUCUGUUUCCAGAAAUAACAUGAGGAGGCACCACUGACCUCCACUACUGUAGGUCUCAUGGCGCAGUGAACUCUGACUGAUCCACUUUACCCAAGAUGUUGUGGGGUCCCAUUUCCAAAAUAUGUGGGAUUUUCUUUCUUUUGCUGUGAUUUUGUUUGCAUUCUGCUAUAAUGUAGGUGAUUAACGUUUGAAAUAUCUGCUGUAUUCCCAGAAGUGAAAAUGCAUUAAUCUAACAUUAAUUUGUGCUUUGUGCAAUUUUGAAUGCUCUUUGACAAGGCCAAUUCCAUAGUUCACCACAGUCCCAUCCCUGUUGGUUACCGUGUUGUGCAAAAACACCUUCGUCCCCACCCAGUGAGGCCCCUGAUCUAAUAUUCUAAGUGUCAGAGGUUCCAUAUUUGUAAUAGCAAAUAGGCCCUGACUGUAAAUUAGUGAAGAGUGAAUGUAACUUAUUACCCACAGGGACAAUUCCAAAUGAAGGCCUUAAAUGAUGCUCAGCUAAGCUGGUUCUUGUGUGGCCUCUGUACCUUCAAAAGCUGCCGAGUCCUAUGAUUACACAUGAUGGGACUUGUACACUUGAAGUGAAACACAGUUUUAAAACUUGCUUUGUUUAGAAUUCCCACCUCAUUUUUCCAUGGACAAAAAUAUUCUUUAUGUCCUAGUGCACUUACAGUUUGGUAUUACCUGGGAGUGAAAAGAAAUAUUACAGCCAUGCCUAACUGACUUCUUGAGGUAAGAUUGUUCUGUCAGAAAACCCUCUCCCAGUUCCCCUGCAGCUCUUCAGGAAUCCACAUCUCUACAGAGCUCUUUGUUCUCAUGUGUGGCACCUCCAGAGUGAAGAAGAUCCUUUGUCAAGAAGGGAAACAGAGGGGAAAUGAGACGGUCCUGCAGGCAGAGCUGGAACCAACUUCCACUCUGCCUCUUGCAAGCUGUGUGACCCUGGGCACAAUUUCUCCUUCCUCUGGAAACCUCUGUUUUCUUAGAUUUGGAGCAGGGUGGUCACACUGACCUUGCAGAGUUCUGAGAAUCAGAGACAGAACAUAAAAGGCCUGGAAAACAUUCUCCAAAAAGAAGUUGCAACAUAUGUGGACAAUGGGCUUUUCAUGCCUCUCUUACUCUCUGUUGACCUGGUGCAGGAAACAUGCUCUGGUGCUGGCUGUGAGGGAGGAAUGAGGAUAGACAUAGACAUUCCUGUGUCUCAAACAUGCUUCUUUAUUACUCUGUUAUGACUCUGUCUUCCCUGGGGCAGGACCCCAGCCUGCCUACAUUUGCAGACAGACACAGUGGCAUGUAGAGACAACAGUGUGUCCCAAUGAUUUUACUCCCCAGCUGUCGGCAGUACUCAGUGGAAGGGUGAUAUUAUGACACUGAUACUGCUAUUUUGAAACCUGGAGGAUGGAAAGGUGCAAAAAUCUAUCACCAGCAACAGAAGGUACAGCCUGUGCUGGUGGUGGUAAUUUUGUCCUUCAAAUGAAUAUGUGUGAAAACAUUUCCUCCUUUGGCCCUACAGGUCCGAAUGGCUGCAGUGGAGCAUCAUCAUUCCUCAGGAUUGCCCUACUAGCCCUACCUCACAGCUGAAACUUUAAGAAAAAGGAAGGGCCGCCAGGCACCUCCUCCAACUCAGUGUCAUCUGGGAGGUCAACCACCUCCAUCAGCUAAAGGUUGUCUGAGACCUCUGAAUCUUUCUCGACUAGUGUCGACUAGGACCUCAACCACAUUCUACAACUGAUGAUUUUCGGAGAAGAGAUAAACUUCAAGUCGAGUGUCCCCUGGGAGCGGAACCAUUUCCUCCAGCUGAUGAUUUUCCGAGACUCAAGUCACCUCCCGAGUGUCUUCUGGUACCUCUUCCACCUUCUCCGGUUGAUGACUCUCUGAGCCUCAAGUCACCUCCCGAGUGUCUUCUGGUACCUCUUCCACCUUCUCCGGUUGAAGACUCUCUGAGCCUCAAGUCACCUCCUGAAUGUCUUCUGGUACCUCUUCCACCUUCUCCGGUUGAUGACUCUCUAAGCCUCAAGUCACCUCCUGAGUGUCUUCUGGCACCUUAAAGCACCGAGGUGCUUUAGUCAACUGAGUCUGCCCAAAACUAAAAAGCAUCCAUUCAAAAGUACUUAACUCAGAAAUUAUAAAAAUAGUAGACAUCAAUAAAAUACAUUCUACACAGAA